GUGGGUUUAGCAUUACUCAUAUCCAUAUUCCGUAUAAGCUAUCCAAUUCGUAGUGAGCAGAGGCAGGGACACCGGACACAGACCAAAUCCUGCCGGCCGUGGCUUGAACGGCGGAGUCGCAACCGCAGGCCAUCAGUAUACCGGUGAGCGCAACUCAUCUUUGCUCUUGUUCUUCUUCAUAUUCGCUACUGAAUUAUCCAGGCUUGUUAGCUUGUAUGAGGGAAUUCAAUUACUUGACUUUCUAGCUCUCUGCUUCUAACUCGUGAUGCUGAAAAUAAUUGGAGAUGAGCAACUUCUCUGUCUGCUUCAAAUUGGAUUGCAUUGCGCUCAAUUACUAUUUUAAGUGUUCGUUUUUGAAAUAGGAAUCCUUUUAAUUUGAUUUCGGUCUUGAAUGUUUACGCGGGAGGAGAAAUUUAUUGCAAUACGCUAAUUUGGAGUCACUGACUGUGAAAAGUGUUUGUUGUAAAUCAAUAAAGGAAUGAACUAAUAGCUGGUACACUGGAUGGGUACGGAAAUGGGGAUUGAACUCCAUUCCCGCCCUACUAUAGAGUAUAGGAUGAGGACGAGUAGGAAAUCCAGGUUCCAGGGACCGGUAUAGGGUUGUAUUUGUUGGAUAGACCAAAAUUCUGCUUAAAUGUAUAACUCAUUCUGAGAUCUCAUGAGUUGAGGGUUCAUCAGAUAAUUUUGUAGAUCCUCUAAGGAGUUUGAUGUGUGUAUGUGGAGGAGAGGCAGAUAGGUGAAGCCAGCUAUGGCCUUGUUGAGUCGGAGUUUGGGCUUUCUCGGUGCUUUACCAUCCCGUAAUCAUACGAGUUCAUUUCACACAGAAUCGAGGGGCCCUAACAAUAUUGCCUUUAAGGUAGCAUAUCCUUUUACUAGACAAGGUAGUGGAGGCUGUUCCACUUCGCAUUCCUUCAAAUUGGCAUCCCUUGGCAAUGGAGUUGAUGGAAUCACAGAUAUUAUCCACAACAAGGUUUUGAUAGCUGCUGCUCUUUCUGCGGCAAUUGGACAACUUUCCAAACCUUUUACAUCAGCUAUAUUUUAUGGCAAUGAUUUUGAUAUUAGGACAGCCUUUCAGGCUGGAGGAUUCCCUUCCACACACUCUUCUACCGUUGUUGCCACAGCCACCUCCAUUGGCCUUGAAAGAGGUUUCUCUGACGCAGUAUUCGGGUUAGCAGUUGUUUAUGCUGGCCUUGUCAUGUAUGAUGCGCAGGGUGUUCGGAGGGAAGUUGGCAUCCAUGCAAAAGUGUUAAAUCAGCUUUUAUCUGAGACGUGUUUAAAUACAAGUUCCUCACACAAUGGUGCUGCUGUUUCGACUGACAAUUCACAAGAAAAAUCACCUUCAAAUGUACAGAUUCUUGAACCCUCCAUGUCCGAAGAAUUGAAUUCUUUCGAACCAGAAUUGAAGAAGAAUGCAGCUCUGUUUCUUAAACCCGAUAACCAGAAAACCCCGAUGUCAAUCUCGCAGAACAUGGCCUCUGAUGCAGAAGACAGAUCAAAACCGUUAAGGUAUACUCAGCUGAAAGAAUCUAUAGGCCACACAGAGAUCCAAGUCAUCGCUGGUGCUUUGCUGGGAUUCUUAGUUAGUUUAGCUGUUUGUAUGGUAUGACCAAUACUUCCCUUCAGUUCUUAGCGUCAAUGUACUUCAAAUUCUAUACUAAUGUACAACAAUGGAUCCCAACAUUAUACCAAAUUGAUGUAGAACAAGACUGGAAAGAAGGCUAAAGAUGGAGAAUAGCAAUUGAGACAAGCAAAUAUUUGGUCUUGUGUUUUGUUAUUUGCAGAUUUGACCACUUCGGUCAAAAUACUAUAGGAAUGGUUUGGUUUGGCUAA